AUGGCCGCCUUACCCACCGUACGCUGGGGCAUCGUCGCUACCGGAAUGAUAUCUUCUUGGUUUGUGGAAGAUAUAGUUCUUGAACGACAAGAUGCCAAGGUCGAGCAUGUCAUCCAAGCCAUCGGCUCUUCGAAACUUGAAAAAGGCCAGGAUUUCAAGAAUACAUUCUGCCCAAAGCAGAACCCUCGUAUUUACAGUUCUUACGAAGAGGUUUACGGUGAUGCAGAUGUCGAUAUCGUCUAUAUUGGCACACCUCAUGGUUAUCACUAUCGUGAUUGUAUGCAAGCUAUUGCUGCUGGCAAAAAUGUGCUGUGCGAAAAGUCUCUCACAAUCAACGCGAAACAAGCAAAAGAAAUAUUUGAGGCCGCUCGAGCAAAGAAUGUAUAUGUUGCCGAAGCCAUGUGGCUGCGUCACCGACCGCUUUUCCGGGAUUUGGGACGAUUGCUGCAUCAGGAGAAGGCAAUUGGGGAUGUUACUCGGAUAUUCUCCGACUUUGCAUCCGGUGUUGAUAUUGACUCCCUGCCUCCUACAUCGCGAUAUCGAGAUCUCACUCUUGGCGCAGGGUCGUUGCUUGAUAUUGGGGUUUAUGCACUCACAUAUACGAUACUAGCCCUCGAAGGCGACGCACCCGGUCGGAGCGAGUUUCCACAUAUUCUGGCUACCCAAACCCAUGAAGCGGGGAUUGAAAUUACCACAAGUGCAAUUCUUCACUACCCAUCAACAGGCCGACAAGGUAUUACGACGUGUACUACUAAGACCUUCGGGCCUCCUGGUGAGGUCUUUGCUGUGGUCCAUGGCACCGAUGGCUUUAUCGAAAUUGAGGGCACGGCACCUUCAAUCCCACUGGCAUUCACAGUAUAUUCUAAGCAGACUGGUAUCCCCGAAAGGGCUUAUUUUCCUAAAGAAUCGUUUCAAGGGAAAAGGUAUGAGUUCCCAAAUGUUGGACGGGGCUUUGUCUGGGAGGCUGAGAAUACGGCCCUAGACGUUCUUAAUGGACGUAAGGAGAGUGAAAUUGUCCCAUGGGCUGGGUCAAUUCGUAUCAUGGAGAUUAUGGACGAGAUCCGCCGCCAGGGAAACACGGUGUAUCCUGGGGAGCGAAGACGUGAUUAA